AUGGACAACAAGCUUAAUGCCUGGAAAGCUAGAACUCUUUCACUAGUUGGAAGAGUCACUUUAGCCACUGCUGUGCUGAAUGCCAUACCCAACUAUGCUAUAAUUCAUUUACUUGACUGGGAUACUAUUUGCAAGCCUAAGGAUCAAGGGGGGCUAGGUCUUAGAAGUGCUCGUUGCUUGAAUCUGGCAUACCUGGUUAAGUUGGCCUGA